GUAAUUCCUUACAAAUUACAGAUAUUGCAACCAUGAUAGGGUGUACAGAGAUGGCAAUCGCAUUGCUUUCAAUUAUUUUUCUUCGGGUUUGGUGGAGGAGUAGAGGCUUAGUAGUCACAAAUUGGCCUGUUGUUGGGAUGAUCCCAGGGCUACUUUUCCGCCCCAUUUCAAGUGUUCAUGAUUUUGCUACAUAUGUUCUUCAAAGAAGUGGAGGCACGCUUUUGUUCCAAGGGCCUUGGUUCAGUGGCAUGAAUUUCUUGAUGACUAGUGAUCCCAUGAAUGUGCAAUACAUUGUCAGCAAGAACUUCGCCAACUACCCUAAAGGACCAGACUUCAGGCAGAUCUUUGAAGUACUUGGAGAUGGGAUUUUCAAUGUUGACUCGGAUAGUUGGAGAAUUCAGAGGAGAAUUAUGCACUCCUUACUUAAAAGCAAGAGAUUCCAUCUUGCUGUGGAAAGAACGGUGGAGCAUAAGAUCUUAAAAGGUCUAUUCGUAGUACUCGACAAUGUCUCAGAAUUAGCAAGUGAAGUCGACAUACAAGACGUGUUCCAGCGAUUCACAUUCGAUAGCAUUUGUAUAUUGGCGUUAAGCUAUGAUCCAGAUAGCCUUUCCAUCGAGUUUCCUCACGUUCCGUUCGCCAAAGCUUUUGAUGAUAUUGAGGAGGCAGUUCUUUACCGUUACCUUGUGCCAUCAAGCAUCUGGAAGCUGCAAAAAAGGCUUCGUAUUGGGAAAGAGAAGAAGCUAAGAAAUGCCUGGGACACCUUUGAUCGUUUUCUGGAGCAAUGCAUUACAAGAAAGAGAGAGCAAGUGAGACGAAGCAAAAACCAGAAAGAGAGAGAUCAGGAUUAUUUCGACUUACUGACAUACUACUUCAUGGAAGUUGAAGGAGGAGAUGUCAACGUCCCUGUCAAAUCAAAUAAGCUUUUAAGAGACACAGCAACUGCUCUUUUAAUUGCGGGGAGAGACACAGUAAGUGCUGCUCUCGCCUGGUUUUUCUGGCUUAUCGGAACGCACCCUUCUGCCGAAAAGAAGAUUUUGGAGGAGAUCAAAGCAAAAGUACAGCCAGACACGAAUGACGAGUGGAGGCAUUUCAGUCUUGAAGCUCUUAACAAACUAGUUUACCUCCAUGCAGCUAUAUGCGAGACCCUUCGAUUAUAUCCAUCCAUUCCUAUCAACCACAAGAUGUCAGUUGAAGCAGACGUACUUCCUAGCGGCCAUCGCGUUCCUGGGAAUACGAGGAUUCUGUAUUUCUUAUACUCAAUGGGAAGAAUGGAAGAAAUAUGGGGCAAAGAUUGCUCAGAGUUCAAGCCUGAGAGAUGGAUUUGCGAGAAAGGGCAAAUCAAGCACAUACCCUCUUACAAGUACAUUGCAUUCAAUGCAGGACCUAGGACUUGUUUAGGUAAGGACUUGACGUUUUUGCAAAUGAAGAUCGUUGCUUCUGCUAUUAUAUGGAAUUACUCUCUUCAAGUAGUUGACAAUCGUCCGGCUACUCCAUGUAAUUCUGUGGUACUUCAUAUGAAAGGUGGUCUGAAAGUUAGAGUUUCUAAAAGAUGGGAUUCUUGAACAGGAGGAAAUAAAUUAAUGCUAAUAAUAAAUUAACGAUCGAUCAUGUGGAAUAUUGAUCUCCAUGUUCAUUGUCUUAUAGAAUCUAUUUGUCUAUGAUUUUUGGUA